UUCAUUAGCCCAGAAACCCUUCCCCAAGAGAGCAAAAGCCAACAGACAAAGAGAGCACAGAAAAAGAGAGCUCAAACAGGCAGAGGCACUGACGGUUUUUGCAUAGAAACGAGACGCUAACAAGAAUCUGACGUUGCUCAAUUGCUUUUGCCUUCUCCAUUUACUUACUUAGAUUUAUUAUCCAUGGCCGAUCUGUACGGAACUGCUACCUCUCCGGCUCCGGAGCCUGAAGAAAUCUCAUCCUUCCUUCACCAUCUACUCCACAAUUCCUCUUCAUCUUCUUCUUCUAAAUUCAUGCAGAAUGCUCUCUCUUCUCCACCUCCCGCGCUGCCGCCGCAGGCCGAUUCUUCACCAGCAACUGAAUUGUUGUUUGGCCGGUCGCAAUCAGGGUGUCUAGCCGAUGGCCGGAGCUCCUGCGUUAAUUUCUCCGAUCCCGGUGGUUAUUUCGCAAAAGAGAGUACGGAAAAUGCUGUCUCUUCGGUUAUGUCAAAGAGGAGGGGAGUCUCCGUGGAGAAUGAUCUGGGUGACUUAAGCUGUGAUAGCGAGGGUGCAGAGGUUUCAGACAUGCCGUCAGAAACAGCGCGGCCUCGAACUUCCUCCAAGAGGAGCAGAGCUGCAGAGGUUCAUAAUUUAUCUGAAAAGAGGAGGAGGAGUAGGAUUAAUGAGAAAAUGAAGGCCUUACAGAAUCUUAUUCCAAAUUCUAAUAAGACUGAUAAGGCAUCCAUGCUGGAUGAGGCGAUUGAAUACUUAAAGCAGCUUCAGCUGCAAGUACAGAUGUUAACAAUGAGAAAUGGAUUGAGUUUGCAUCCAAUGUGCUUACCAGGAGUUCUACAGCCUAUGCAGCUGCCCAUGACAGGAAUGAGCUUUGAUGAAGGAAAUGGACUGUUAAACACCAAUGCAGCAACAGGUGCUUUUGCUGAGAAUGAUGAAAAAUCGGCACAGACUGUUCUCAGUCUUCCCAACCGGUGCACUGUAACAAAUCAGCCAGUUGGUUUGCCUUCAGCAACAAACAUCACCUCUUCAGAAGCCUCCUAUGGUUUUGAGCCACUUUUUCAGGUUCACUAUGAACCCUUCAAUAUCUCAUCUUCAAAGGAAAUCUGCAGGGAAGGAACAACACAGGCACCAUUAGAUACUAAUCAAACAGUGAAGACCACCUCAUCUGGCGUGUCCUAGUUGAGAUCUCAUUCUUAGAUGCAUGAUCAACAAAAACGUGUGACAAAUCCUUUUUAUUUUUUUAUUUCUCUUUUUACCCCAUAUAAGGUGCAAAUGAUCCGUGAAAAUGCUGACGUUUUACACAUCAGGAUAUUUAUGUUUUAACAUUUCAUACAAUUGUCAGAACCAAAAUGUUUGACAUCCCUUAACUUCAAUAGAAUCGUUCUGCCCGAAAUGGUAUUUAAAUCAUUUAGAAAGUGAAGAUGUUCCAACGGUUGAAACAACUGUUUGAAGCCUGUAGUCAGGAGAUGAAAAAUGAAGUGGAAGGGUGUGUUGUAAUGCUUGCUAUUUUGAUAUUCUUUUGAGUUUUGACAACAUUGUGCCUUGUUUAUUAAUCUUUGCCUGUCAAUAGCUGUGAAUACAAACUAUUACGAAUGCCAUAGGGGUGUCCUAGCUAGACUGGAAAGCAUCCAGUGGAAGUCAUUGUCUUUCGCCAUUGGACAUGUUGCAAGUUUACUUUUGUGUUUUUUAUUGGAUGAAGUACAUAAUGUAAGUAGCUUCAUGUAACCUAUUUAAUUU